AUGAACAAACAAAAUAAUAUUUCUAUUAUAAUUUUAGGAAAAAACCCAACAAUUCCCGAUGAUAAGCUACUUCCAGGUCGUCGCAAUAUAAGUGAAUCCAUUUUUUCCUUUAUUGAUUCAAACGAUUCUAAUAUUAAUUCUGAAAUUUUUCUAACAACUGAUAAUCAACAAGUAUAUGAUGAAGCUCGACAACGUUAUGGUUCUCGUCUUCUUUAUGUAUCUGGCGAAAUAACACAUCUCGAUCGUUCAUUAAAUAUUGGCCAAAAAGUUUGCCGUGAACAAGAUAAACUUUUAACGGAUUUUCAUUUAUUAGGAGAACUAUGCGAUGUAUCAAUUAUAUCGAAUUCUGGUUUUGGUUUUUGGGGAAAUUUAAGAAGAUUUAAACCAUUCGAGCAGUUGUUCGUUUUUUGCGCCGGAAGAAUUUAUAAAAUUGAAUCGAUGUGGCAUUUAUAUAAAAUGAGAGAGCAAAAUAAUAACGGAGAGUCGUGUUAA